AAACUGCCUACAAAAUUAGAGUCUUGAAGCCAGAGCAGUGCCAGGAUGUCACGGGAACUGGCCCCACUGCUGCUUCUCCUCCUCUCCAUCCACAGCGCCCUGGCUCUGAAGAUCUGCUCCUUCAAUGUGAGGUCCUUUGGAGAAAGCAAGCAGGAAGACCAGAAUGCCAUGGAUGUCAUUGUGAAGGUCAUCAAACGCUGUGACAUCAUACUCGUGAUGGAAAUCAAGGACAGCAACAACAGGAUCUGCCCCAUGCUGAUGGAGAAGCUGAACGGAAACUCAAGGAGAGGCAUGAGGUACAACUAUGUGAUUAGCUCUCGGCUUGGAAGGAACACGUAUAAAGAGCAAUAUGCCUUUCUCUACAAGGAAAAGCUGGUGUCUGUGAAGAGGAGCUAUCAGUACCAUGACUAUCAGGAUGGAGAUGCAGAUGUGUUUUCUAGAGAACCCUUUGUGGUCUGGUUCCAGUCACCCUACACUGUUGUCAAAGACUUCGUGAUUGUCCCCCUGCACACCACUCCAGAAACAUCCGUUAAAGAGAUCGAUGAGUUGUUUGAUGUCUACAUGGACAUGAAACACCGCUGGAAGGCAGAGAAUUUCAUUUUCAUGGGUGACUUCAAUGCCGGCUGCAGCUACGUCCCCAAGAAGGCCUGGAAGAACAUCCGCCUGAGGAUCGACCCCAGGUUUGUGUGGCUGAUUGGGGACCAAGAGGACACCACGGUGAAGAAGAGCACCAACUGUGCAUAUGACAGGAUUGUGCUUAGAGGACAAGAAAUCGUCAGUUCUAUUGUUCCCAAGUCAACCAGCGUUUUUGACUUCCAGAAAGCUUACAAGCUGUCUGAAGAGAAGGCCCUGGAUGUCAGCGACCACUUUCCAGUUGAAUUUAAACUACAGUCUUCAAGGGCCCUCACCAACAGCAAAAAAUCCAUCACUCCAAGGAAGAAGACAAAGAGCAAACACUCCUAGAUCCAAGGGUGUCAUCUUUUAACCAUUUCUUUCCUCUAAAUAAAACGUUUCUCUAAUGGA